AUGGUCAAGAAGAAGCGCGGUCACCCAGACCUGGAGGAAUUGCUCGGCCGACCGUGGUGCUACUAUUGCGAACGCGACUUUGAUGAUUUGAAAAUCCUGAUUUCGCAUCAAAAGGCAAAGCAUUUCAAAUGCGAGCGAUGCGGGAGAAGAUUGAACACUGCCGGCGGUCUAUCCGUUCACAUGAGCCAAGUCCACAAGGAACAACUCAACGCUGUCGACAAUGCGCUACCCAAUCGAUCCAGUCUCGAAAUUGAAAUCUUUGGUAUGGAAGGUGUCCCCGAAGAUAUUGUGCAGGCGCAUAACCAGCGCGUCAUGACGCAGUAUCAGCAAGCAGAGGCUGACCGGCGCGCCGCCACGGGGAAUCCGCCGCCUGGCGCUGCAAAGGAUGGUGCUGUAGGAGCAGGAGGAGCUGGAGCUGGAGCUGGAACAGGGCAGGGGCCUGCUAAGAAACCUAAAUUGGAAAUGUCGGAUUUGAAAAAGAGGUUAGCAGAGCACAAGGCCAAGGUCGCCGCGGAAAAGGCUGCCGAGGCGUCGGGGACGGCGACGGCGACGACGAGUAGUGGCGAUGUGACGCCCGUGGGCGCUGGGCAGAGUGUGCAGCAGCCGCCUGCUCCGAGCGGUCUUGCGCAACAGUAUCCCCAGAGCCAACAGUCGGUGAGCAAUGGUCCAAAUGCACAAGUACAAGUACAAGCACAGGCACAAGCACAAUUACCUUAUACACAACCAUAUGGCACUGCCAAUUCUCCCUAUCAGCACGCUCCAAGCCCGGUCUACCAAAACUACCCGCACAAUGGGCAACAACAACAUCAGUAUGCGUCUCCGCCGCAAUUCCAGACUGGACAGACACCAUCGCCGUAUCCAGCAGCCACCGCCUCUCCCCAUACUUUUGCUCCCCCGCAACAACAACAACAACAGCAACAACAGCAACAGGUUCCUCCAAGGACGCAUACUCCGCCGUCGAACCUACCGGCUUAUCCGCCUCGUCAGGGCAGCUUACCGGCAGCUCCCGGUCUUCCGCAACGGCCGGCUUUUGGCGCUCCCACGGUCAAUUCGCAACAAAUGCAUCAAAUGCACCAACUACCUGCAGCACCACCCCCACCGGCUACAUCUCACGGAUAUGGCAGUCAAGGUGCCGCGCCACUGUCGAGCUCUGUUGACGAUUUGAUCUCUGGAGCAGCCAAGGCAGCAGACAAUGCAGCCGCCCAGACACCACCACCUCCACCACCACCGACAGCAGCCGCAUCAGGAGAGGAAGAGAAGAAAACGAAAAAGGAAAAGGAAAAAUCCAAGACAAGGUUGGUCUAUUCCGACAACGAAAUUAGCCCAGAAGAAAAGAUGGCGAAACUGGCGAGAUACGCGUACACUCCUGAUCACAGGGUGGAGACGGUUCUCCAGGAUGCUACUGUUCCAGCAGUUGCACGGCCGACGACGAAUUCGGACGAUAUUAUCGACGCGAGUGGUUAA